CCAGCCCAGCUAUGGCAUCCCUGCUACUCAUCCAGAUCUUUCCCUUGAUCCUGAUUCUGCUGGCUGUCCUGGCCCCAGGGUCUGCAGCUGUAUUCAACAUUUCAAGCCUCUCUGGUCUGCUGUCCCCAGCACUAACGGAGAGCCUGCUAGUGGCCUUACCCCCCUGUCACCUCACAGGGGGUAAUGCCACACUGAUGGUCCGGAGAGCCAAUGAUAGCAAAGUGGUGAAGUCUAGCUUUGUGGUGCCUCCAUGCCGUGGGCGAAGAGAGCUGGUGAGUGUGGUAGACGGUGGGGCUGGCUUCACGGUCACUCGGCUCAGUGCAUACCAGGUGACAAACCUCGUUCCAGGAACCAAAUACUACAUUUCCUACCUAGUGAAGAAGGGGACAUCCACUGAGUCCAGUAGAGAGACCCCAUUUUCCACACUUCCUCGAAGGAAGGUGGAAUCCAUUGGGCUGAGAAUGGCCCGGACAGGGGGCAUGGUGGUCAUCACAGUGCUGCUCUCUGUUGCUAUGUUCCUGCUGGUUCUGGGUUUCAUCAUAGCCCUGGCACUGGGUGCCCGAAAGUGAGACCUGCACUGGGUGGUGGGUUCCUCCAGGAGGUCCAGGGCACCAUCUGUCUUUCCAGCCCAGAGCUUUGCCUUUUGCUCCAGCCAUCUCUCUUAAAAAGACUGCCUAUUCCUGUUCUCAAGCACCGGACUUUAGCUCCUUAGGUGCCUUCACCUCCCCUCACUCUCCUUCCUCUGUUCCUCUCCUCAUCCCCUAAGGCCUCACUUUCACUCAACUCUCUCUAUUAUUUCCCUCACCCCACUCCUGUCAGAAUUGA